AAAAAAGUCAAACGCUUCAAAUAACCCAGAUCUUUCGGGGGCACGGGCAUUUGAACAGUCAGCUGCUCUAUCCAUGUCAAUCCCCAAAGUUCCGGGUCAAAUUCCUGAUGUUGGUUCUUUCCGACCCGAAAUGAAUAGGUCCGACCACCAGGAACGCGCCGCUGAUACGCUCUCUGAUCCUCUCCUUCCAAACGGCUCCUUCAUCAACGCUAAAAACAACUUCUCCACCAGCGGGCACACCACAAACAAACCAAACAGAGAUAGUCACCAAGCGGCUCCGCAGUCGUCUGGUUCAGCGAAUCCCGUGGAGACGGAGACGCAGACACCGACACCGACACCGACGCUGCCUAAAUCGAGGAGAAAAGCACCGGUGCUGUCGUCGGAAUCGGCGAUUGGGUUGCCGCCGGGAUGGUUAGUUGAAGAUCGGGUUAGGACCUCCGGGGCAACGGCUGGCAUGGUAGAUAAGUAUUACAUUGAGCCUGUAUCAGGUCGUCGAUUUAGGUCCAAGAAAGAGGUGCAGCAUUAUCUGGAAACAGGAACCUUGAAAAAGAACAAAAGAGUAACAGAGAAUUCUGAAGAUGACGUUAAUCAUCCAGAGGGUUCCAGGAGUCGCAACAAGAAGGCUACGAAGAAUGCAAAGCGUCCUGAAAUGAAGUUUGAUUAUUUGAAUGUGCCUGAUAGGAUCGAAUGGGUUCUUGAGGAUGCAAAUGAAGAUGCUUGGACUCCCUUCAUUGGAGGCAAAAAGGUUACUGAAUAUGAUAAGCAAAAUUGGGAGUUCGAGAUGCUUCAUUUGCACCACUAACUGCUAGAAGCAGUGGCGAAACAAUGUUUCGAAGCCUUUCAGAAUUCUGCCCCCGAUUCAUCAAAUGGUAGUCUCACACAGGCCAAUCAAAGUUCUCUCUCUCUCUUAUUAUUUUUUUUUCUACAUCUUUGUGCCCACAAAAUGGAUGUGCACCAGUUCUAAAUGACACCAACUGAAUAGUGAUUUAGCAUUUUUUUUCCCCGAAAUUUUGGCCGUAGAGCUGUUAUUUCUUCUAUGGGGCUUGGCUUGUAGUUAGUGGUACAGCUUUCUUCCAACUUUUCUAUGUGAACCAAAUAGUUUAAUUUUUAAUGAUAUGAUCUCAGGGAUAUGCAUAAGCAUCUUCUUUCA